UCUUUCGCAUAACAUUGAAAAAGCAACUAUUGAAGUAAUAAAUAAAUGUUGAAUUGAUAGAAAUUUUUUUUUUUUAUUCUUGUUGCCAAGGAUUAAAAAAAAGCGUUACAUAAGCUUUAUAAUUAGAUUACAAAUUUCAAAUGGAUAUCAAAUUUUCUAAUUGUUUAUCAUUAGAUGUUCUUCAUUCAAACUAUCCAAACAAAAGAUGGGCUGAAAUGAAGUUUUCUGACGAUACCACACUUGAAGCUGUUAAAAGCACGUUAUUUUAUAGAACUGGCACACCUUCACAUCGCAUGAAGCUUUAUGCCUAUCAUCGCCAUCAUGAAAAUGAAGCUAUUUCUUUAGGAAUCGAUGAUUCGUUAACACUUAAAGACUUAGGAGUCACGCACCACAUGAUACUUAUUAUCGUGGACGAAGAAAAAAACGACGUGUUUUCCGAAGAAACGAAUAACGCACAAACAAAACUUUUCACUAUUACCGAAGAACAAUAUAAUAAUCGUUUAGAUAAUGCUCGUAAAUUUAUUUCAAAAAUACGAGCUGUACAACAAAACAUGCAGCACACCCCUUCCACAGUGGAAAAUAUCGAUCAUGGUAUACAAAGUGGACAACGUUGUGAGGUACUUUCUCUUGGAGGAGUACGAGGUGAAAUUCUUUCCGUUGAUCAAAGACCUCAUUUCAAAGGUAAAUGGAUUCGGAUUAAAUUAGAUGAACCACUAGGAGACAAAAAUGUACCAGGAUGUGAUGAUGGUUAUGGAUGUUACAUUUCCUUAGCAUCAUGGAAAAAAAAAAUCCUUAUAGGGGAUUAUCCAUUUUGUGAUAUAUUGGAGACAAUAUAACAUUAUUUUAAAUUAUAAGAAAGUCAUCCUAUCAUUAAACGUUUUCUCCCUCUCAGUUGAACUAAUAACAUUAAAAAACUAAAAUGGAUUGUUUUAGUAGAACACUAUUUUAGUACAAAUCAUUUCAAUGAAAGCUUUAUAUAUUUCGCCUCAUUUUUUUUUUGAUACAGGAAGAAAGAAAUGAGGUUUAUACGACUAGAAUGUAUUGUAAAUGUUUCUCUUCUUUUUUAUUUCUAUCUUCUUACCUUCAACCAAUUUUUCGCGAACGGCUUGACUUUGGCUUACAUGCGGAAAAUAGCCUUCUUCUAACAAAACACGAGU